AUGACAGAGGAUACUUUCUUUACCGACGCCAAAACACAAAAGAAAAAACCACUUUAUCAGCCCAAUUCCAUAUAUUCUCCUCAUGUAUCUUAUCAUUACAAUCCAAAUGUUGGUGAAUACCAUUAUGGUGUAAAGCAUCCAAUGAAACCCUUCAGAUUAAUGCUUACAGAUCAUUUAGUGAUCGGAUAUAAAUUAUAUGAGAAAAUGGAUGUAUACAUACCCAAACCUGCCUCUAGAGAUGAAUUAUUAAAUUUCCAUUCAGAAGACUAUGUUGAUUUUUUACAAAAAAUUACUCCAGAUAAUUUAUCAAAAUAUUCAAAUUUAUUAAAAGAUUUCAAUAUAGGUGAUGAUUGUCCCGUGUUUGAAGGGGUUUAUGAUUAUAGUAAACUAUACACAGGUGCUUCAUUAGAUGCCACUUCAAAAUUGAUUAGUGGAGCUUCUGAUAUUGCAAUAAAUUGGUCUGGUGGGUUACAUCAUGCUAAAAAAUCAGAACCAAGUGGGUUUUGUUAUGUUAAUGAUAUUGUGUUAUCGAUAUUGGAUUUGUUAAGAUACCAUCCUAGAGUGUUGUACAUCGAUAUAGAUUUACAUCAUGGUGAUGGUGUUCAAGAAGCUUUUAAUACAACUGAUAGAGUUAUGACUGUGAGUUUCCAUAAAUAUAAUGGAUUGUUUUUCCCAGGUACUGGUAAUGUUGAUGAAGUUGGUGUUGGUAAGGGGAAACACUAUGCUAUAAAUGUUCCUCUAAAUGAUGGGAUUGAUGAUGAAUCAUACAUACGGUUAUUUAAAUCUAUUAUGGACCCUUUAAUAACGUCUUUUAAACCAACAGUGAUUGUUCAACAAUGUGGUGCAGAUUCUUUAGGUUGUGAUAGAUUGGGUUGUUUCAAUUUAAACAUUAAAGCCCAUGGUGAGUGUGUCAAAUUUAUUAAGAGUUUUGGUAUUCCUUUAUUAGUUCUUGGUGGUGGUGGGUAUACUCCAAGAAAUGUUUCAAGAUUAUGGUGUUAUGAAACAAGUAUAAUGACUGAUGUUACAUUAGAUUCUAAAUUACCUGAAAACAUACCGUUCAGAAAUUUUUUCAAUCCAGAUUGUUCAUUACAUCCGAAUCUAGGGGAUAAAUUAGAUAAUAAAAAUUCAAGAAAAUACUUGGAAAAUGUUCGUACAAAGAUUUUGGAACAAUUAAGGUUUUUGAAUGGUGCUCCAAGUGUUCAAAUGAGUGAAAUCCCACCAGAUUUCAGUAAGUUGUCUAAAGAAGAAGAGGAUGAGAUUAAUGAAUUGAAUAAUGAAGAAAGAAUGAUCAUAGAUGCCAAAGAUAAUGCUAGAAUCGGUGAACUAGAAGCAUGA